AUGUCUGGCAACAACGACUGGUUCCCGAGCUCCCGGGUGCCCAGCUUCGCCCAGAUGCUGAAGAAGAACCUGCCGGUGCAGCCGCCUCCGCAGACGGUGGCCGCGCCCGCGGGCUACUCCGCCGAGAGCUGCAGUCUGGCCAGCAUGGCCUCCAAGGUCACGCAAGUGACGGGUAAUUUUCCAGAACCGUUGCUUUCAAAGAGUCUGUCAUCUGUUUCAAACCCUGUCCUUCCUCCAAAGAAGAUCCCCAGGGAGUUCAUACUGAAGUACAAGCGCGGAGAGAUCAACCCCGUGUCCGCGUUGCACCAGUUUGCGCAAAUGCAGCGGGUUCAGCUCGACCUUAAGGAGACGGUGACCACAGGUAACGUCAUGGGACCCUACUUUGCCUUUUGUGCCGUGGUGGACGGAAUCCAGUACAAGACCGGCCUGGGGCAGAACAAGAAGGAGUCUAGAUGCAAUGCAGCCAAGCUGGCUCUGGACGAGCUGCUGCAGCCGGAGGAGCCUGAGCCCAGAGCCUCGGAAACGGCAGGCCCCCCGCCUAUCCCGGCAGAGCCUGCUGCCUCCCUGGAACCCGCGUAUGUCUCCAAAGUCCAUUACGAAGGGAGACACAUUCAGUAUGCAAAGAUUUCGCUGAUUGUCAAAGAAACAUUUGAUCAACUAAUUUGCAAUAAUUCAGAAUAUCUAAAAUGUGGUAAUUCAUUGGCUGCUUUUAUAAUUGAGAGAGCUGGGCAGCAUGAGGUGGUGGCUGUGGGCACCGGCGAGUACAACUACAGUCAGUGCAUCAGGCCCAAUGGCCGGGUGCUGCAUGACACGCACGCCGUGGUCACCGCCAGGCGGUCCCUGCUGAGGUACUUCUACAGACAGCUUCUGCUCUUCUACAGCAGAAAUCCUGCUAUGAUGGAAAAGUCAAUAUUUUGUACCGAACCCGGUUCUGAUCUACUCACGCUCAAGCAGAAUAUCAACAUUUACCUCUACAUGAACCAGCUGCCGAAAGGGUCAGCCCAGAUAAAGUCGCAGUUGCGCCUCAAUCCUCACUCCAUAUCCGCGUUCGAAGCCAACGAGGAGCUGAGUCUGCACGUGGCUGUGGAAGGCAAAAUCUACCUGACCGUCCACUGCCCCGCUGAUGUCGUGAACCGGGUCAGCAGCAUGUCAGCCAGCGACAAGCUGACGCGCUGGGCCGUGCUGGGGGUGCAGGGCGCCCUGCUGAGCCACUUCAUCCAGCCGGUGUACGUCGGCGCCAUCCUCGUGGGUGACGGGAGCUGCCAGGACACCAGAGGCCUGGAGAUCGCCACAAAGCAGCGCGUGGACGACGCACUCACCUCCAAGCUCCCGAUGUUCUACCUGGUCAGCAGGCCUCACAUCAGCCUGGUCCCGGCCGCGUGCGCUCUGCAAGCCGCCUCGGAGAGCAGAUCCCUCAGUCUGAACUGGGCACAGGGGGACAUUUCUCUGGAGAUCGUGGAUGGUCUUAGCGGGAAGAUCACUGAAAGUUCCCCGUUCAGGAGCGGCGUGUCCAUGGCCAGUCGGCUUUGCAAGGCGGCCAUGUUAAGUCGCUUCAGUCUGCUCGCCAAAGAGGCCAAAAAGGAGGAUUUGCUGGAAGCCAGCACCUACCACGCGGCGAAGUGCCUGUCGGGCCCCUACCAAGAGGCGAAGGCGCUGCUGAGGGCCUACCUGCGGCAGCACGGCUACGGCUCCUGGGUGGUGAAGGCCCCCUGCAUAGAGCAGUUCAGCGUGUGA